GCAGGGUUUUGUAAACAACAUGGCGAUCCUCGGACUGGCCCUGCUAGCACACUGAGCAAACAGCGCUUAAACCUGCCACUUUUCGGGGGAAAAUACACCAUAAACCCGCUCCGGAAGCAGCAGAAAGUCCCCCCCGUCGAAUCCGAAGCUGCACCGAACCGGAACGAGGAGCUGUCAGGACGGACUUCUGGACGGCUAAACGGCCCUCUUCAGUCUAUGGGCUCUCAGUCCAGUUCUGGGAUGUCUGGAGGACGGGGAUCUUCCAGUGGCAACCCAGCUGAGCAGCCUGAAGCGACAGAACCCAACCAGAACAGCAGCAGCAGCAGCAGCAGUAGCGGCAGCGGCCGGAGCCGCAGGUCGGCGGACAGGCAACAAGGAGACCGACAGUCCGCUUCAGAGGAGGACGUCGACUUAGCUGAAGUGCUGGCUUACCUACUGAGGAGGGGCCAGGUCCGACUGGUCCACGGCAGCGGGGCCACCGGCCUGCAGCUGGUCCAGUCCUACUCCGACUCCGAUGAGGACAGCGACGGAGCCUGGGAGGGACGGCUGGGAGACCGCUACGACCCACCAGUGGACAUCCAGCCCGACACACAUGAAGUGGACCGCAGUGAGAUCCGGACUCAGAUCCUGUUGGCCACCGCCUCCUCCGCCAUGAAGGGCCGUCACAGUUUCACCCACAUGCUGACAGAGAGGGAACAAGGCCGGUGUCAGGGCUCCAGCUUUUCCCACGGAGAGUGCAGUCGCAUCCGCACGCACUUCCUGCCAAACUACGUGUCCCACAAGGAUACGUACCAGCAGAAGGCCUUCUGCGGAGUGUACAGCGAGAACGGCAACAUGUUCCUCUCCGCCUGCCAAGAUCAGAACAUCCGUCUGUACGACACCACCCGGGGGCGUUUCCACCUGCGACGCACCGUGAAGGCCCGGGACGUGGGCUGGAGCGUUCUGGACGUCUGCUUCACCCCGGACACGCAGCACGUGCUCUACUCCAGCUGGUCUGACUACAUUCACCUGUGCAGUGUCGACGGAGACAGUGAAAACCACACCGCCCUGGACCUGAAUCCAGAUGAGAGGAGGUUCAGUGUGUUCUCGCUGGCUGCGUCCACAGAUGGCAAAGAGAUCCUGGGGGGAGCGAACGACGGCUGCCUUUACGUGUUCGAUUUGGAGCAGAAUAAGCGAACGCUGAAGAUUGAUGCGCACGAGGACGACGUGAACGCGGUGGCGUUCGCCGACAGCUCGUCCCAGCUGCUCUUCUCUGGCAGCGACGACGCGCUGUGCAAGGUGUGGGACAGACGGACGCUGCGGGAGGACAGACCGCAGCCCGUCGGACAGCUGGCCGGCCACCGAGACGGCAUCACCUUCAUCCACAGCAAGGGCGACGCACGCUAUCUGAUCAGCAACUCGAAGGACCAGUCCAUCAAGCUCUGGGACGUCAGGAAGUUCUCACCCAAAGAGGGGCUGGCAGCGUCCCGCCUGGCCGUCACCCAGCAGAACUGGGAUUACCGCUGGCAGCAGGUUCCCCAGAGAGGUGGGGAGGGGGAAGGAGCUCUAAAGAAACACAAGCUGACCGGCGACACCUCGGUGAUGACGUACCGGGGUCACGGCGUGCUGCACACCCUCAUCCGCUGCCGCUUCUCCCCCGAGUUCAGCACCGGGCAGAGGUUCAUCUACUCGGGCUGUUCCACCGGGAAAAUCAUCAUCUACGACGUGCUGACAGGCAGGGUGGUGUCCAGGCUGACGGGGCACGACGCCUGUGUGAGGGACGUCAGCUGGCACCCGUACGAGGACAACAUCAUCAGCAGCUCGUGGGACGGCGCAGUGCGAAUGUGGGAGCACAGACAAACCCAUCCUCUGGAGGAGGAGAGGGAGCGAGACAAAGACUGACGAAGGGAGCGCAGACGGAGCAGAGGCGGAGGGAGAGCGGGAAGCGACGUCGCGGACGGGGCGAGGCCGGCCUCACCGGAGGACGGCGGCGAGGACUCCAAGAAACUUUGCUAUCUUUUAAUUCAAUGCUGGAUAUUCAUGAUUACGAUUCUACCGCGGCUGAGCUCAUUGGGAAAAUAAGCGCUGCAGCCUUAAAUCGUGCAGAUCGGUGCACGCCGCCUGGGUUUUGUUUUGUUUUUGUUUUAAUUAUUUUGUUUUCAGCUCACAGUUUCGUGCAGUACAGGCCUGAAGCGCAUCACUCAAACCGCACCGCACCUCAAGAGGCAAUGAUACUUGAUAAGUUAGCCACCAUAAACAUGAAAAGAUUGAAACGAUAACGGAUGCGGCAGGAGGAGGGAGCGAUUCUGAUUUUGUAUAAAUGUAUAGUAUUUUAAUGGUUUGUUCCUUCAGGGAGUGCGUUUAGAUAGCCGCUGAUUCGGGAUCGGUUUCGACUCGGCUUUGUUCUGUUCACGGGCCGAAGAUCCACACGUUAGAGCUGUUUUUAUCUCCCCACAACCACGAUCGUGUACUUUUCUCCCGGCGGUCCGCCUUUCCAUCAGGAGCAGCCGUGGUGGAAAUCACCCCGGCUCACCAACAAAAGUGUGUGUGUAUGCGUGUGUGUGUGUGCGUGUGAAGUGGUGCACGGACAUGGGAUGAGUACAUGAUUACAAAACGAGACGAAGAUCCGACGCUCAUCUGUUUAUGCAAUUUUCAGGUGUUUCUAACUAAAGCCCACGUUUCACUCUCUGAUUGUUCUUUUACAGUAAAUAAAUCUUUUCUUUAAAUGUA